UUCUCACCCAUAUUCCCUGUAAACCCCCAGUCAAUGGGUGUAUCGGAUUUGAGCAUGAUUAGAUGCAAGUAGGGGGCUGACCGGAUCGAUUGUUUGACAAGGGUUACUCAGUUGGGGGCGCAGUUGUUAUGUCCCACAUUACCCCAGCAAUAUCUACAUCCAGCAUCUCGCAGGAAUCAGCUCAAGCUCGAACGUCCACAAAAGACCUCAGUACAUUGCUAUGCAUCUGUAUGACCACUAAAAGCUCUCCCGCGAAGUACUCCGUACGAUCAAUUUUCUUGCAAUCAAACAAUCAACAUGGCGCAAGAUGUCUCAACUAUCGUUCGUCACGAUAUCUUGACCAACAGCGCAGCCGAAUUCCUCGAAACAAGAGCGGAGCAAGCCUUGGGAGUUGAAUGCGUUAGUGUGGAUGGGCCCCAGUAUAUUCCAGUUAAAGAUCAAUUUGUGGCGAAAAGCGAAAUCUCGAAUGUCAAUUACCUCAAAGAAUCCGAAGAAAAGAUGAAACAACUCGAGAAGUCCCUCAACAACUUUUGCAAAAUCAUCAAAGACAGAGGCUUCGAUAAGAAGCUCAACAUAUGCCUGAAAGAUCCGGAAGGAUAUAACUCGACAGAGAUUCUUGAAAUAGUGGGGAAGAUCGAGCACUCACAUAAAAACGCUGACAAGGUCAAAUCAUGCAUGGGCCGUAUUCGCAAAUGUUUCCACUUUAUGGGAGAAAACUCAGGACAGAUGCAGAGACUCGUUGGCUUUGUUCCAAACGAUAAGUAUGGAUCCGUGAUCUCUGGUGGAUUCACGAUUAUUCUUGGGGCUGCAGAGCGCGCAGAAGAGAUUCGAAGCGAAAUUUAUGAGGUCUUAGCUGGCAUACCUGAUACGCUGAAGUUUCUAAAUGAUAUGAGUAAUGUUAACAACAAGUCAGCGGAUCUGCUCCGCAAAGCUGACUCCGUUUUUGUAUCGAUCUUUGUCAUACUCGAAGAGAUCGUCAAAGAACUGACAAAGUCAAUGGGCAGGAAAGGCAUGUCACUUAUUUUCCGUGGAGAUAAAAGCGCUUUUGACUUCACCAAGGCUCUACAUGAUCUUCAACAUAGGUUGAGCGACUUCAAACAACAGGUUCAGAUUUGCUCAGAACAGCGACUCGGUAGAGUGGAUCUCAACGUUAUGAGGGCGCGUGUGUCGGCAGAAUCGAGCGAACUCAUGAUUGCACAGACUGGUGUAGCCGUUGCAGACAUGCAAGACCGUAUGAUACGCCUUGAACAGCGGUUGCAAGAGGGCAUGAGAGAACAAACAGCAGCCCACGAAAGAUUAUGGAACAGAAGUCAAGCAUUCCUUGAAGGACCUAGUAGCCAGAACGUGGAGCUUGUAAGAAGAGAGUCAUUGCAAGUCAAUGUGUACAACAAUGUGUACGCUCUCCUAACUGCGAGCCCAUCGUUUGAUUCUCGAACAGGCACGGCCGAUCUAGAUCAAAUGAAACAACUCCAACAGCAGCAGCAGAAACUUCUACUCGGAACGAAAGAAUCACCAUCGAAGAGACGAAAGUCCAAUCGGCGACUAGCAAAAGGCUGGCUAGGCCGCCUUGAUCCCGUCUUUCUAAACCCUAACGAGGACAUUCUUUCGUGUCUUCGAAGUCUAGAAACCUUGAGCUACUGCGAGAAGGCUCAGAUCCAAUGGAUACUGACCUCAGACUUGAUCCACGAUUGGCUGAAGUCAUCGACUUCUACGGCGUUGACAUUGGAGCCACUGGGAUACCCAGAAAGCUCCGAGAAUCCCAUGUCAUUCUCUGCCGCCUUCCUCCUAAAGUCGCUCCUUACGCACGACUACCCUAUCGCCAGCUUCUUUUGUGCUAUGCGUGCGAACAACAGCAUGCAACCAGAGUACUCUGGCCCAAGGGCUAUGCUAGCAAGCCUGUUUGCCCAACUAGUUAAACAGAUCAGAAUCAAACGCGAAGAUGUUGAUUUAAGUGCCCUAGGCAGUCCCGACAAGGUCGAAGGAGACGUAAAAGAUAUCGAAGGCAUGGCAACGAGAAUUCUCACGCUGUUGAGUCUGUUACCAGAAGGGGACUGCAUCUUCUUCGUGCUUGACUCCGUAGUAUAUCUUACGGGUCCGCAGAAGGACAUCGAUCUUGCCCUCAGAUUGAUGUUAGGUCUACUGAAGUUCUCAAAAGUGGUCGUGAAACUCCUCUUAACCGGAACAAUGUCACGGGAAGUCAUGGACAACCGACGCUGCCAAACACUUCACAUUCCUGAGAUAAUUGAUGGAGACAGCCAAGACAUUAUGACAUCCUUCUUUGAAGAUGAUCUGUCUCAUUCAAUCCUAGAGGGAUUUGAGGAUCAGCAAUCGGACGAAGACAGUACUUCAGACACAGACAGCGAUGACGAUUUAUCUGACAGCAAGCUUGGGUGGCGGUGACUGUAAAAUUGAGAGGAGAAUAGAAGGACAAAUCAAUCACUCAUAGCACAUUACAGUCCUCAUCUCAAGUUCACAAUAAAAAUGUAAACGAAAGACGUUGAAUUUACCUAACC